ACGAAGAACAGCUGGAUCCCGUUCCUUCGAAAUUGGAGGUUAACGACGACCUUACGAAAGAGUUCCUCGCUACUGCAGCGCCUCGCUCGGUAUAUAAGUGCAUCCAAUGCUGAUGUGGGCAGCACUCAACGCCAACACCUCAACAUGAAGUUUGUGAUCAUCGCCGCCCUCGCCGCCGUGGCCUUCGCCGCCCCCGACAGGCCCUACAACCGCUAUGGCUCCGGAUCCAGCGAGGAGGCAGAGAUCCUGCAGCACGACUUCGAUCUCCAAGACGACGGCAGAUACAACCUGGACGUGAAGACCAGCAACGGCAUCUCUGUUUCCCAACACGGCAGCCCCGAUGGCCCCAAGGGCGCCGUGGUCAAGAGUGGAGUGUUCUCCUACACCGCCCCUGACGGCACCCCCGUUGAGGUCAGGUUCGUAGCCGAUGCCGGUGGUUUCCAGCCUCAGUCUGAUCUGCUGCCCGUGGCUCCCGAGUUCCCCCACCCCAUCCCCCAGUUCGUGCUGGACCAGAUCGCUAAGGCCGCCGAGGAGGACCGCAGGGGCUCCAGCAGGAGCUACGCUUAAGCUGAUAAAAAAACUGACCAUACGACUCUGAACAACGACAGACAGUCCUGAGGCACACGGGUUUCAGAGCCGCUGGCAAUGCACCUGAUAGAGUGUAGAGCUUGUGACACUGUAAUCCAGUGCAACUUUACUUAUUUAAUUAUUUAUUUAUCUAUGUAAAUAUAAGUCAUAUUUGAAAGAAA